AUUUCUAUCCAGAGACGCUGCCUGUACCGCUGAGUUAUACUCCAGCAUUUUGGUUCAACCAGAACCAAAGCAGCAUCUGCAGCCCACAAGUUAUAGGAGUAGAAUUAGGUCAUAAAACUUGCAGUUCCUUCCGACACAUCUGCAGUUCCUUGUUUCUGUGCCUGUACGCGUGGGUGCUUCACCGUGCAGAGUUGUUUAGGGUUGUGUAUUUCGUGUGUGUGUGUGUGUUACUGCGCGCAGGCAGCUUGUGUGAUGAGCCUCUGAUCGGCAGCAGCAGCAGCUUCUUACUUCAUACAGCGACCGCCCCGCCACACAGCAUCGCGAUACAGCCACUGCUCAGAAACAUGGCUACAGUGUAGCCAGGGCCCAGUGUAGCCAGCGACAUAUUGCUACAGUGUAGCCAGGAUCCAGUGUAGCCAGCGACAUUCACUGCUACAGUGUAGCCAGGGCCCAGUGGAGCCAGCGACCAGUGAAGCCAGCGACAUAUUGCUACAGGAAGCAGCAGUGACCGGGGACUUCGUGAGGGCAGGCGAACCGUCGGGAUAAGAAGCUGCUUUGCUUGGAGCUUGGUGUUGGAUCCUUCUCAUUGGAGUCUUCACCCUACGAUGAGCACAGCCCCAGCCCCAGCCCUGGCCAAAACCAUGUCUUACAAGACGGAGUCAGAAAAGAGGGUGGUGGCCACCACAUUGUCGAUGGCGGGGAGAGUGUAUAAAUGUUGUGCAAAUGCCUGCAAUGAAUCUUUCCCCUCCAUGCAUCAGCUGAUGAAUCACUUGAAAACUCAUUAUAAACCAAACCGAUACUACAAGUGCCCAAGUUGUAAAUCUCGAUUUCAAAAGCACCAGUCCUACUCCAAACACGUGAGCGUGUGCGGCAGGGAGGUGAAGAGAUUGCCGCCGGAGUUGGACCCGCCAGCCAGGCCGCCAGCCGCUGCGGAGCCAGUGAAAUUUCAAAGCGUUAUCAUGCAGCUGGGGAGGGCCGGCAGUGUCCCCAGCUCCAAGCCUGUCGCCCUGUUCCCCGACACCUUGCCAAGCCUACAUUCUUCACUCAGCUCGAUGCCGCUGCUCCCCGCAACUCCGCACCCCUUCCCACUCCUGGAGCCAUCGAUGUUUCCCGCGCCCAGCCUGAGGUUUCACAGACAGGGGCACUCUGCCAUGCCCGGCCCCUUCAUCCCAUACAUGCACCCCGCACCUUACCCCCUUGCUCAAAGUGCCACUCUUCCACGACUCACACCAUGCUUCCCUUCUGAAAGUCUACCUUUCUCCAAUGCAGUCUGGAAGAAAAAUCCAGCUCAAACUUCCAGCAGCAGGAUUGUUUGGGAACACAGCCGGGGCCAGUACAGCUGUUUGCAGUGUCCCUACACCAGCGGGUCACGAGAAGAAAUGACAUUGCACAUUCAAGGGCACAACAAGACAGUGGUGGCCAGGUUACCCAGCGAGGCGGGCAUGUUCCUCAGUCCCACCGACAACUACACUGCUCUGUCAAUGCAGUUCAGUGAAUCUCUGUUAACUUGAGUUUUUUCCAUGGGGGCAAUGCCCUGCCGGUUGGCAAAGGUCGUGGGGGGGGGGGGGGGGAGGCAGGAGAAUUGGGGUCAGGAUGGGGAGAUAGAUCAGCCUUCAUUAAAUGGCGGAGUCGCCUCGAUGGGCCAAAUGGCCUAAUUCUACUCCUCUCCCUCAUGACCUUGUGUAUCUAGCAAGGCAGACACCAACCAUUCCCGCUUCACAGAUGAAACUUCAGCGGUGUGUUUUGCGAUUGUCCGUAAAUCUGGGCACAGUGAAGGGUCUGUCCCAAUUUUCCGAGUCAUUCACGGAUUCCCCCGAGUUUUGAAACCCGCAGAAUGUUCGUAAGGAGUCCGUGGAUAUAUCGUAGCGACUCAUUAUGCCAGCCUUAGGUACGCGGGGCUAUUUUUUUUUUACUCGUGGGCAUUUUUCAACUGGCUGGAAAAAAACGUCCUGACUUACCUGAUGCCCCAAGUACCUACAGCUGGCAUUACGAGCCGCUACGAUAUAUCCUACGGACUCCCUGCGAAUUUGAAAACUCGGGAGAAUUCGUGAAUAACACGGGGAAGUGGGACAGGCCCUUUACUUUCUCUCCCCCCCCCCAUCUCUAUCACCUUAUGUUGGAAGUUGACAUAAAGGUAUAAAGGCAAGCUUGCACAAAAGAAAUAGCCAUUUAUAUUUGCUAUGAAGGUAUGUAGCUGAAUGAGACUCUGGUUCUAAACUCAAUGGUGUUUUUGUUUCGCCCCUACUUUGUGGAUUUUAUUUCCCCCUUCUGAGGAUAUUCGCUUUAGUUUAGAGAUUAUUGCGCGGAAACAGGCCCUUCGGCCCAUCGAGUCUGCGCCGACCAGCGAGAUCGUUCGCCGGCGCCAUCCUACACAUACACACUCUCGGGACAAUUUACGAUUUUUACUGAAGCCACUUAACCUACAAACCUGUUUAAGAAGGAACUGCAGAUGCUGGAAAAUCGAAGGUAGACGCAAAAAUGCUGGCGAAACUCAGCGGGUGCGGCAGCAUCUAUGGAGCGAAGGAAAUGGGGCAAGGUUUCAGGCCGAAACCCUUCUUUGGAGCGUGGGAAGAAACCGGAGCACCCGGAUAAAAACCCACGGGGAGAACGUACAAACUCCGUACAGUCGGCACCCGUGGUCAGGAUCGAUCGCGGGACUCUGGCGCUGUGAGGCAGCAGCUCUGCCCGCUGAGCCACCGUGACGUGACGCUCACACUUCUUGCCGUUUGACCUCCUGGUGCCCUCUGGGGAUGUUUAGCAGAUUCCCUGCUAUACAUUUGUCUAAUUAUUUGACCACGGGUUUGUUGAAGAUAGAACUGCAGAUAGAACUGGAAAAAUCGAAGGUGGACAAAAAUGCUGGAGGAACUCAGCGGGUGAGGCAGCAUCUAUGGAGCGAAGGAAUGGGUGAUGUUUCGGGUCAAGACCUUUCUGGAAACUCAGCUGGUGAGGCAGCAUCUAUGGAGCGAAGGAAUAGGUGACGUUUCGGGUCGAGACCUUUCUGGAAACUCAGCUGGUGAGGCAGCAUCUAUGGAGCGAAGGAAUGGGUGACGUUUCUGGUCGAGACCCUUCUGGAAACUCAGCGGGUGAGGCAGCAUCUAUGGAGCGAAGGAAUAGGUGACGUUUCGGGUCGAGACCCAGAAGGGUCUCGACCCGAAACGUCGCCUAUUCCUUCGCUCCAUAGAUGCUGCCUCACCCGCUGAGUUUCCCCAGCAUUUUUGUCCACCUUUGCUUGAUUCUUUCUAGUUUUUUUUUGCUAGAUUUUUGUCCGCCUUUCUAAUAGUUCUCGCUGUUAGACCGUUCUUUCCGAGUUGUGACAUCUCCCUGUUGAAAGAUCUGAGUGCCAGUGGUAACGCUGCAACAAAACACUUUGUCAAUGAGUGCUGGAUCGUGUGAACCCUCUCUUGGGACAGUUUCAAACUUCUAAUUAUGGAACAAACCAUUACUAGUGUGAGUUUGUGUUUCACUGCUAUCUUGGCUGCUCCGUACUUGUGUGUUUGGCGCCAAAUAUUUUCUAUUUGUAUUUCUCUUUUGACCGUCUUUUUCCACUGAAAUUCAAAAGCAAUGAUGUGGUUUUAUGUCCUCCCAACGUUAUAAAACUCACCUUUCAUUUCA